UCCCACUAUUAGCAAAAACACUCUAUAUCUUUAAUAUUUUAAAACAUCAUGUAUGCAAACGAAGUUAUUGGAGAACCCGUCAAGCAAGAUAAGCUUGGUAACGAUAAGCCCGUCGAAACCAACGAUGAAAACGAACGUCUCAGCCGACGUGAAGCUGCACGUCGAGCCGACGUACGCACUGCUGUGUCUCCACCUUCUCGACGUGGUCGCGAUCGCGGUUUAGAAGCCAGCAAUAACGUCUCGUCUAAUACAGAUGAUCUCGGUCACGUUUAUGCUCGGGAUGAAUUGAUGGAGCAAAACGUUGAGCGACGAGGACGUCAAUUCGAUCGUCACAGCGGUACCGGCUUGGUUGACUCGGCCAAAAAACUCAAACAAGGUUGGGGCCAUUUGGAUACCGCACAAGAAGACGCUGCCGUGGAUUACAUGCCGUCAGCCCAAGAUCCCGCCGGCGAAGGCAUGGCUACACCAAGAGACGAUUUCGACACCGACGAUGACACAAAGACACUCGAUGAGUACAAAAAGUCACAAAAGAAUUCGCAUGUACCUUCUUUGCCGACGGCUCGUAAGCCGAACGAAGGCGGCGUCGAUAAAUCACAAUUGAAAGAUGGAAUUCCUCUUCAUCGAGAAGAUCAAGUGUUGUCUUAAGUGGAUAUAAAAAAAAGGGAUAGUGUAAAUGUAUUAUAACUUUUUCUGGGGGACUCAGAUUUUUUUUUUUUUUUUUUUUU